UUGCAGCGCCGCCUCAGCCUCCGCCAUGGCCGCCGUCGCCGCCUCCGGCAUCGCGGCCGCCUUCGUCGUGGGCGCCGUCGGCCUCGGCGUCGCCAGCGUCGCCAGGACCUUGGCCAACAUUCGCUUCCGCCGCCGAUACCACUACCGCUACGGCCGCUCGCUCGGCGGGGACGCGGCGGCGCUGGAGCGGACGAUGGCGCUGAUCCGGCAGGAGGACGUGACCGGCUGCGGGAUGCGGCUCGUGUGCGAGCUGGGGGCGCUGCCCGCCCGCGGCGCCCGCGAGGACGCCAUCCUGGAGCUGGUCGGGACACUCCCCCCAGGAUCCGACCUCCGCGCCCUCAGCACCGGCGAAGGAGUCAGCGCCCUCGAGGAGUACAGGAGAGCCAGGAGUCUCGGUGAACGUGGUCAUGACUGCGAGAAAGCAUUUCGUUUUUGUCCCUUUAAUGGCACGGAACUCAUGUCAGCCGUUGUGGGUUAUGUGUCAUGAGUCUGUGUCAUGUGGAGCCGGAAUGUCGUUCGUUGAUGUGUGUCAUGGAUCACUUUGUUAAGAGUCGGUGUGCCACAAGGUAGUGGCAUAGGUCAUAAGAUAGUGUUAUGCUUUGUGUGUCAUGGGUCUUGGUGUUAGAGGUCGGCGUGUCAAGUGUCAUAGUGUCAAGUGUCAUGGUGUUCAGCUAGUUUUUUCUACAUCUAUUCCUUUUUGUUUGUAUGCUGCCUUCCAGACUUAGAUUAAAAAUAUCAUAGUCAAAAAGAUUUGUAUGUAAGUGCUAUUUUAGGCCUCAUGACGCACCAGCAACAUGUAAUAUGUAUGUAUAUACACACAUACAGUAAAUAUCUAUAUACACACAUACACAGUGUGCGUAUAGAGUGUGUGUGUGUAUACGCACACACACCAUAUGCGCAUAUACACGCAUAUAUAAUAUAUGUGCACACACAUUUACAAAACAUUGUGUUUAAAUCAGUCGAUCUUUAU